CAGCAAGGAAGCGCACACCGACACACAGUUAAAUCCUUCUGACAGGUGGCCCCACCCAUCCCUACUGGCCGUCUAAGGGGCCCAUCCAGGCCCACAUGCCAGCGAGGGCCCCCUCGCACCUCUCGUGCCCAUUUCCAUCUCCGCUACCGCAAGAACAGAAUCCACGAUACCCCCCACCACCAAUCCCAUUUCCAUCCCUGGCCAUGGCCUCCGCCACCGCCGCCGCCGCCGCCUGCCCGUGGGACGCCCUCCCGGUGCACCUCCAGGAGCGCAUCCUCUCCCUGCUCCCGAUAACCGAGCUGCUUCCCGUCGCCGCUGCCUCCCGCGCGCUCCGUCGCCUGCUCCGCUCUCCGGCCUUUCUCGCCCUCCUCUCGCCGCACCGCUUCGACGCCUUCUUCCUGCUCUCCCCGCACCUCGCCGUCCAUCCACUUUCACGUCGUGUCCUCCCUACGCCCCCGCUCGCUGCGAUCUCUCCCCCUUCCUAUCCCCUCGUCUCCUCCGCCUGCCCCUCCAUCCUCAUCACCUGCGCUUCGCUUCACCACCUCCCACCGCUCCCCGCCGGCUCAUACCUCUUAUCCGUCGUCGUCCCGCCGCGCUCCUCCUCGUCCUACACCCUCGUUGCCGUCACUACCGGCGCAACCGUCCGGUCGUACACCCUCGAUACCGCCGAUCCCUCCCGGCGGUGGGCGUCUCGGGGCGAUCUACCGCUGCCCUUCGCGCUUCUUGGAAACGCCACUGUCGCUGGUGACGGUGGUCAGCUCUAUGUGCUCGGCCGCGGUCCCGACGCGCUUCUGUUGUUCGAUCUCGCGACAGGGCAGUGGGUGGUGCUGCCGGUUGUGAUGCCACACGGUCUCACCACGGCGCACCUGUUUGUUCUUGAUGGGCGGCUGUUCUUGGUAGGUGGGGUGGAGAGGUUUGGGGAGGUGGAGCGGGUGGUGGUGUGGCAGAUGGACGGUGGCGAGGAGGAUGUGUGGUGGAGGGAGGUCGGUGUGAUGCCGGCGGAUGUGUUGGAUGAGUUGGUGGCUGGUCGGCAUAGCAGUUUCUGGCAUUUUCUGGCUGCGGACAGAUUGGGGAUUGUUUGCUUGUACAAUGCCGUGGACGGGAGGCUGGUCAUGUUUGAUGCGGCCGAUGGCACUUGGACAGUGCUGCCACGAGUGUCAGGGUUGGAUGCAGAGGAGAGCCUUCGGUGGUUUGGACAUGUCUUGGAGCCAGGAGUUGAGCUCUUGCUUGGACAGUGCUGCCGGUGAUGAUGAGGCCAAACAGGUGCCUGAAUUGAAGACAUGGUUGAUGAAGCUGAUGCCGUUAUAUUCCUAUUAAAUGGCAUACUACGAUCACUCAACUUCAUUACAGCAUUCAGUAAGGGGUAGAGAGUUGAAACUUGCUACAAUUGCAUUCUUGAUUUCUUCCAUGACUUGAUGUUGUAGAGGUUGUUGGAUUGAUCCUGCGAGAAGUGGGUUGGAAGAACGCACACUUGAACACGCAUCGGACACAGAAGUUUUCUUGCUGCCAGCAACUUCUGAUGUUUAUUCAAACACCUAAAAGCCAGUAACUUCUAAUGUUUACUCAAACACUCAAAAGCCUAUAGCUGCUAAAAGUCUCUAUUCGAUUGAAACUCAUCCAAAGGUCGGAAGCUCUUCUCAAAAGUUUCCAUCAGAUGAAGCACAUCUGGUGCUUCCAUCGAAUGAAGCUCAUCCCAGAGCUUCUGAUGUUUGAAGCUCCUCGGCUCCAAAGCAUACCUACAAUGACCGCCUUACUGUUUGCAACAGUCCUAGCCUACUAUUACACAAGGAUUAUACUAACAUUACUCCCCCUAAGCCUUAUGUGUAACCAACCAGCCGUCCCUCCUCGGCUUUCCUGUAGUGGCAGCCGUAGUUGAUCGUUCCAGCAACAUAGCGCAGGAUCCUCUUCACGGCCGUCAUAUGCUCCUGAGUUGGCCGCUCCAUGAAGCGGCUUACGAACUCGACGCAGAAGGCGGGAUCUGGCCGCGUGUGGACAAGGUAGCAGAGGCUUCCAACGAGCCUCCUGUACUCCGUCGCGUCCAUUUCUGCCGUCAUGUUGUGGCUGAGUUUGAGUCGUUCCUCCAUCUGGGUGUGAGCGGGAUUGCAGUCUCUCAUCCCCGUCAUCUUCAAGAUUUGAGUGGUGUAAUGCGCUUGGCAUAGCGUGAUGUCGUUGCCGUUGUUGCUCUGUUGGACCUUGAUCCUAAUGUAGAAGGAGAGCAAACCAAGGUCGCUCAUCUUGAAUUGAGUCUUCAUCUCCGCCUUGAAUCGAUUGAUCUCCUCCUUUGCCAAUCUUGUGAUGAUAAGAUCAUCCAUGUAGACCCAAGGAGCAGCAACGUGUUGCCAUGGCUGCGCCGGUAUGUUGCAUGUUCGUGCGCGCUCAGCUUGAAGCCAAGAGCCCUUAAUGUGCUGUCGAGCUUCGCAUUCCAUGUAACAUACACUUCCUCCUCCAGUUCGCCGUUGAGAAAUGCUGAUUUCACAUCCUUGUGAUGGAUAGGCCAUUCCUCUUGGGCAGCUAGCAUCAGCAGCAGGUGCACAGACUCCAGACGGGCAAUAGGUGCGAAUACCUUGUCGAAGUCCACGCCCGGCUACUGCACAUAGCCCUUGGCGACGAGGCAGGCUUUGUGCUUGAUCACAGCUCCGGCUUCGUCUUUCUUGAGCUUGAACACCCAUUUGAGCCCGAUUGAGCGGUGUCCACGUGGCAGCUCCACUAGUGUCCAAGUUUCGUUCUCCUUGAUAUACUUCAUCUCUUCCAGUAUCGCUGCUCGCCACGGCACGGCACGUUCCGCCUCGAUGAAGGAGUUCUGCUCUCAUGCGCUCGCUAGGUGCAACUCAACGUCGUUUAGGAUGCGGGUAGCGUAUCCCUUUAGAGCUCCCCCGUCGCCGAGCAGCUUAUCGAUGACGCGGUAUCGUACUGGGCUAUCAUCGUGCUGUGCGUCGAGCUUGGCACUAUCAUUAGGCGGUGGCGUGACGAAGUCCGCCUCCCCGGUAGAUUCGCCGCUUAGUGUUCUGGGCGAUGCAUCGGCUGCCGCUGUACUUGGUGCAGGUGAUUCUGCCGUCAGUGUUCUUCUUCUGGUUGAGGUGGGCCCGUUAGCUAUUGAGAAAUGGACUUGACUCACCAUGAGCUCCAUGGCGAAGUCGCUUGACGGAGCCACGCUCCUAGCUUCAUCUGUCGUCCUCGUCGAAGAUCACAUCUUGUGACACGUAGACACGCUUGGUGCUCAGGUCGUAGAGGUGGUACGCCUUCACGCCACGGACGUAGUCGACGAAGACACAGGGCGUGCUCCUGUCAUCAAGCUUCCACAAAUGCGGUCACACCCGCCGGCUUUCGGCCGUGCCAUGCCUCGAACGACGUUAUGUCAUCCAGACUCUUCGUUGGUGCACAAUUGAGCAGGAAGACGGUGGUGCUCACCGCCUCUCCCCAAAACUCCAUCGGCAUGCUUCUCUGUUUCAGGAGUGUGCGCCGUCGCGACGAUCGAAUGAUUGCGUCUGUCCACCAUGUCGUUCUGCUGUGGGCUGUACGACGUGAAGUGUCAUUGGACGCCGUGAUCCGCGCAGUGCCAUGUGAAUUCAAUGGACGUGAAUUCGUCGUCGUUGUCAGUGUAGAGGACGCGAAGCUUCCGACCGUUCUCCACCUCUGCCUCCUUCUGGAUCGUCUUAAUCACCACUGUCGUGUUGCUCUUCGCAGCUAGGAGCAUGAGCCACAUAUAGCGGCCAGUGUUGUCCACCAUCAGCAGGAAGAAACGACGUUCACCUGGUGUCACCGACGUGAUGGGACUGCAAAGAUCUCCAUGGAAGAGGUCGAGGCGCUCUUUCGCUCGAUACGUGGCCUGUGACAGGAAUGGAGCUCAGCGGUGCUUGGUGGUCACGCGUAUGUCGCACAAUUGCUUGACGUGCUCCAGCUGCGGCAGGCCUCGCAUCAUCUCAUGGCACGCCAGCCAUCGGAGUGUGUCGAAGCUUAUGUGGCCAUGGCGCGCGUGCCACCGUUAGGUGUUCUUGUUGCGGCGCGGCGCGAGAUAGAUGGGACAGGCAACGUCGAGGCGCUGGAUGUACAACGCUGAUGAUGUUGUUCUUCAGCCGUGGGAUGAAGUGGACUCUGGAGAGCGUCUUAUGCUCUUCGUUCUUUCUAGUGAACAGGAUGGUGCAACAGUCGCGAAUGUCGACCACCGAGCAUCUCCAAAAUGAACAGAGCUCACCACACCUUGAUCGAGCUUCGCGAAGACAUCGUGACGACCCGUCAUGUGGUUGGUGGUGACGGUGUCGAAGUACCAACCCUCCAAGUGGUCGUUGUCGUCGCUGGCACUAAGGUGGACUUGCGCUCGCGGCUCGUCGAGGUGGAUGUGGCUUGGCGGUGGCUCUUGCGCAUCACUGAGAGCGCACACCUGCGCCAUCAAGAGCGUAUUCUCGUCUUUUUUUCUUGCUGUGGGCCAAAUAAGCUUGCGCUUUCUUGGGCAAUCGACAGUCCUUGGCCCAGCGGCUAUAGCGCCCGCAAUUGCAGUACUUGUCGUGGGAGAGAUCGUGCGCGGCCUUCUUGCCAUCGGAGCCACCGCCUCCUUCUUCCUUUCGCGGUGCAUGUGCACGGCGACAGGCAUUGCCGCUGCCUGAGGCCCCUUUACCCUGCUUCCGCUCCUUCAUGAGCUUUCCACCGAUGACAGGGGAUUCUUUCGGAUCGAGACGAUCCUUCACUGUCUUUAGCCUUCCAGUUACUUCCUCCAGUGUAAGCGUCGAUAGAUCGAGAAGAGUCUUAAUAGAUAGAGUAAUCUACAAAAAAUCUCUUGGGGACUACUCGAAGACUUUUAUACCACCUUCUUUUCUUCCAUCGUUUCUCGGAGCAUGGCGAGGUUGGUGACGAGGCCGAAGAGACGAUCCUCCACCGUCUUUAGCCUUCCAGUCACUUCCUCCAAUGUGAGCGAGGUUGGUGACGAGGCCGAAGAGACGCAUUGCGAAAUCGUCGAUCGUUUCCUCGUCACGGAAUGAAAUUGCCUUGAAUUCCUUCUGCAGCUGUUGCGCCGAGGCCUUGCGGACACGAUUGUUGCCGGCGUGCAUCGAUGUGAUGGCGUCCUAGGCUUGUUGGCGCUCGUUUUGAUAGCGAGUGUGCCGAUCAUCUCCUGGGGCACGUCAUGGAGGAUGGCCUCCAACGCCAUGCGAUAUUCCUAGAAAUUCACAUCGUCAAACUCCACUGCGUCCCAGAGACCGCAGCCUGCAGCAUGACCUUCAUGAGCAGGCUCUAGUCAACGUAGUUGCUCCGUGUGAGGAUCAGGUACGACGCGCCGUCAACCUCCUUAACCACAUGCUGGACGACCACAUCGCGUCCACCGAUAUCUUGGUGUCGCAAGGCGGCGGCGGCAAUAGGGAACUACGGCAGUUGAACUACCUCUGGGGACUCAAAGCCGCACCACUCGGAGCUGACAUCGCCGGGAUCGAUCAACUCUAGCUUUGAUACCAAUUGUUGGAUUCGAUCCUGCAAGAGGUGGGUUGGAAGAACACACGCGAACACAUUGGAACAAAAGUUUUCUUGCUGCCAGCAGCUUCUGAUGUUUAUUCAAACACUCAAAAGCAUAUAGCUGUUAAUAGCCUCCAUUGGAUUGAAACUCAUCCAAAUGUCGGAAUCUCUUCUCAAAAGCUUCCAUCAGAUCAAGUACAUUUGGUGGUUUCAUUGAAUUAUCCGAGAGCUUCUGAUGUUUGAAGCUCCUUGGCUCCAAAGCAUACCUAGGAGGCCACCCAAUACAUAGGCUCAUAUGACCGACCUACUGUUAUCUACAGUUACCACCUUACUGUUAUCUACAGUGGUCGUCUUACUGUUUGCAACAGUACCAACCUAAUGGUACACAAGGAUUAUACUAAGGGAUAACUCCCAAGAAAGUGUCUGUAUUGUGGAACAGACGGACCAUCCAGCAUAGGUCUAUCCAUAUUUAAAAACAAACACCUAUUUGAUUUAAUAGUGUCAAUUGUUUUCUGAUACAAUGGUGCCCAAUGUUCAGUGUGAUUUUGUUGUUAAUUAGUCACAUGAGAGUGGUAAUUAUGUCAUUUCAUAUGAGCCAAAUAACAAUGUCUAGUUGCUAGGAAUCCUUGUACCCCUACACUUCACAAUUUUAAGAGUGAAUUGCAUAAACUAUAAUUAUUAUGCCAUUUGUAACACAAAACUAUAAGUUUUGUACAUUAAUUUCACAUAUAACCCGAUUUUCGUUGUCUCUGCCGUCGAAAUGCACUGUUCAUCGAUUAAAAAAUCAGUGGCUUUUUGUUUAUCUAAAAAUCCUAGUACAUGUUCUAUAAUUCAUAUACAACUCAUUUUAAUUGGGAACUCAAUUUUCACCACGUAACCUUAGACUAGAAAUAAUUUUAGAAAUUAGUCCAUCAUAUAAGAAGAAUAUUAGUGAAUUUUUCUAAAUUUUUGAGAUUUUAUUUGAGGUCCUAACAAUUGUUAGAAGUUAUGAAAAUAAUUUUUUGGAGAAUUUUAGUUGAAAUUCUACAUAUUAUUUGUAAGUGAAUUCAAUUAAAAUGGAUUGCACGCGGAUUAUGGAACACGUACAAAAUAUUCUAGGAUUUUUGGAUAAACAAAAGACCACUGGUUUUUUAUCGGUAAACAGUGGAUUUUAAUGGUAGAGAUAACGAAAAUCAGGUUAUGUGUGAAAUUAGUGUACAAAACUUGUAAUUUUGUGUUACUAUGCAUAAUAGUUGUAGUUUUGUGUUACAAAUGACAAUAGUUGUAGUUUUGUGCAAUUCAUUCCAAUUUUAGAUAAAAUCAAUGUGAUGUAUGGCUAGGAUUGCUGGUGUAGGUAUAGUUUGUAGAGGCACACAACUGCCCACUCCUUUUCGUUAGAUUCUGCCUAAAUAUGUUGUAUGUGUUGGCUCUGUUUAUGAACUAGUAAAUUUGAUUUGUGUUGCUUCCCAUCGCUCAGAUGUGCAAUGCAACAUGUUCCUUUUUCUUACAACAGCUGUCUGCAAUUCUGCAUGUGUAGGAGAUUUAUUUUGUGUUUAUUAAACUACCAUUCAUGAAAAGCUAUGAUUGAAAGACAGCAAUAAAGAUCGACAUCACCAUCUGUACUGAUGAAUUGGUAAGAAGACCUUUCUCUUUUACUGCUGUGUGCUAACUUUUCUAUAUGGUAUUCGACAUGCAGAAAUGAAAAUGUAUGUGCUGUAGAAUUCAUCCAGUCAUCCAAACUCAUGGGGCCAGGAAAUUGCCUAAAUUGGUACCGUUGUUGGUAUGUCUGGUGGCUGGUUUAUGUUGGCACCAGUUGCCUGUGGUUGCCCAUGGAAUUUGCUUCUUUCCGGUUCACCUCAGAUAUAUCACUGGAUGUUGGAAUGCAGAAAAUUAAAGACUAUAUGAUCUUGCUACUUUUUUUUUUCUGUAAAUCCUAAGCCCUAAAUCUUGCCAUUCUCGUACUUUAGCUUGUGAAACUUUUGGUGAUUUCUUAGUGGAUUAAAGAUGGCGAAGUAAGUGGUCUACUUCAAUUUGUAUGAUGAUAGUGUGUUCUGCUGAGAUUAAGUCGAGUUACUAGUUAUGGUUGUAAAUUCUGCUUCAUGCAUCCCCAGAAGUUUCGUAAACUGGUAUGACAACUCUUGGUGGACACUGGAGAAGCAGCUUAGUCACUUCUUAGUUGCUUGCAUGAUGUUCAAAGUGGUUUGGGUUGAUGCUAAAAAUAUAUAUUCACUUAAGCUGGUAAUAAAGACCUGUCUUUCUCGAA